GCGCUCCGUGCUGUCCAUAUGUAGGAACAGACUCCAUCCACUACACUUUUACAGUGAGAUCUUGUGUUGGGGAUGCCUUGUGUUUGGUUGGACAUAUAGAGCAGUAGGCUACAAUAGAAGUACUAAUAUGACAAAACAAUAGAACUUUCAUGUCACAUCAUGUGUGUUUUUUCAUCACAGCACUGAGGACUUCUACCAUGGCUGGCAAGAUGGCAGGGGGUGUCCUCUCUCCUUUGGAUAAUCUGUGUGGAGUGGACUGUUCCAAUGUCCAUCCCCUGUUUUGUCACCUGUGCCAUGAGCAGUACCAGCACCCAUGCCUCUUAGACUGUUACCAUAUCUUCUGUGCGCGCUGCCUACAAGGCAGAGCCAAUGAAAGUCGUCUCAACUGCCCCCUCUGCGGAUACCCAUCAGUUGUAAAAGGAAUGAAUGCACUCCCACCAGAGGACCGUUUGCUGAAGUUCCUAGUUGAUAACUCUACUGAUGACUGUGAAGAGACAGUCCAGUGUGCCAACUGUGACCAGCAGAGCAACAAACAGGACACAGGGCCAAUGUACUACUGUAACACGUGUAGCCAGCCCCUGUGUGGAGCUUGCAGGGAUUCCACACACAAGGCCAAGAUGUUCUCCCACCAUGAGAUUGUGUUCCUGGCCAAACGCACCAAAGUGUGCCACCGGAUGUGCUCUCUCCACGAUGAGCCCUACAUCAUGUUCUCCACAGAGAAGAAGUUGAUGCUCUGCAUCAAGUGUUUCAGAGACAUGCAAGUAGAGAGCCGGAUACACUGCAUCGAUAUUGAGACAGCAUACAUACAAGGCUGUGAGAUACUAGACCAGGCAGUGCUGGCAGUGAAGGAGCUGCAGACAUCGGCCUGUGAGGCUAUUAUCAUGCUGAGGGCCAUGAUAGGAGCGGUGGGCUCCAAUAUGGAGGAAGAGGAGAAUGCAAUCUGCAACAUCUUCACCAGUAUGCAGGAAAGACUGGCUGAGAGGAAGAACAUUCUGUUGCGAGCGGCUCAAAGCCAACAUGAAGAAAAGGAGAAGGCGCUAAAGGAGCAGCUCUCACACCUUGCUGCCCUCCUGCCAACCCUGCAGGUUCACCUGGUCACCUGCUCAGCCUUUCUCAGCUCAGCCAACAAGUUUGAGUUUCUGGACAUGGGAUAUCAACUAAUGGAAAGGCUGAGGAGGAUUGUGAAGCUCCCUCAUCAACUGCGACCAGUGCAAAGCAGCAAAAUUAACACAGGCUACAGGGUUGAGUUUGCUCGCUGUCUGGAGCCCCUCCUGCUGCUGGGACAGCGCCGCCCAGCCUCCAUUACCGGCGCAACUAGUAUUGCAGCCCUGCUCCAUUCCCCCUUCUCCAUGUCGUGCCGCUCCCCGUCCCUCAGUGACAUGCCCCUGGGCUCGGCCGCGGGGAGAAAGUCUACCUCCCACCGCUACAUCUGCACCAAGGUCCUCCUGGCAGAGGGGGGCGACACACCCUUCACUGAGCACUGCCGCAACUAUGAGAACAGUUACAGGACCCUCCAGACUGAGAUCCAGAACAUGAAGGACCAGGUACAGGAGCUACACAGGGACCUGACCAAACACCACUCCCUCAUCAACACAGACACCAUGGGGGAGAUCCUGGACCGCUCCCUGCACAUCGACGGACAGAUCUCCUCCCAGUACUCCUCUGUGGAGACCAUGAGGGCUCUGUUUGAAGAGAUUUGGGAGGAGACCUUUCAGAGGGUCACUAAUGAGCAGGAGAUCUAUGAAGCACAGCUCCAGGACCUGCAGCAGCUGAAGCAGGAGAACUUGUACCUGACCACCAUCGCCCGACAGAUUGGACCAUACAUCCUGUCUAUCGCCAAGGUUAAAGAGCGCCUAGAACCAAGAUUUCAGGAGCCCAAAGAGCUUCAUGAUGACCGCACAGAAACCAUGCUGAAAAUCUAUGAGGACACCUCUAUGGCCAUGGACGCACAACACAGGUACCUCGCAACACAUAACUGUGUGAAGACCACACCUGUCCCACUGACAGUGACUGGGAAAAGAACAUGGAUAACCGCUCCCUUAUCAUACAGUCUGAUGAGGCUUCCAUCAAGACCAAUGACUACCAUUGGCCAGGAAGGCAGACAGCCAAUUACAAUGAGAUGCCAUUAUAAAGCAGAAUGUUACACUUUCCCCUCCCCCCUGUUUCCUGUGUGGCCUCCAGCUCAACACAACAGGACAGGGACAGCAUGUGACAUUCUCCUCUGUUCAGAUAGUCGCUCCUGACAUUUCAUGGUGACAUUUCUUGGCAGGGAGGUGUUGUCAUCCGCUCAGAGGUGAGUCCUUAGACAAACAGGUCUCAGAGGACUCCACUGACACUCACUGGACUCAAUGACUAACAAACUGGAGUCAAUGGACUCACUGAGAGGGCGGUGAAUCCCCUCCAAUCUCACUAGUCAAUGUGAAAAGAUCAAUCUGAUGGACCAGUAGAACACCUCAUUAUGGACUGAAUGGAUGGAGGAUCUGGAGUUUUAUGCUGAGGAAGUGACUGUGACUACCAUGUCUCAAUCAACAAUGCAUGGUUUUAGACCUGCAAUAACAUACAGAGGGAGAGUGCUUCCUCAGUUGAUAUUUCUAAAAUGGUCAUAUGUUGUUAUGCUGUGUUGUCCUGAAAGGGCUAUUCGUUUGAUUGUAUGGUUCUAAAACCGACGGUUGUAUUUGUAUCAUAUGAUCACUAGUUAUAUACAGUACAUAGUGGAAUGUAUCUGGUGAUGUAUGGCUUGUUGGUCCUCAUCCUCAGGUCAUAGAUAGUGCUGGUGUGACCUCAGUAAAUACAACAGUCAAAUGUAAUGAUGCACAUCAACUUGUGCAUUAAUCAUGGAGAAACUGGGUGAGUAUUGUCAGUGUGGUUUCCUUAAAUUACCCAAGAAUAUGCAGCAAAUUGGUGAAGCCGAGCUUAUGUGAGGGAAGCAAUUGCUAAAAUGUUGCGUCAGGCGCUGCUCCAGAAUCUCCCAUGUGUUCAAUUAGGUUGAGAGCUGGUGACUGAGACGGCCAUGGCAUAUGGUUUACAUCGUUGUCAUCCUCAUCAAACCAUUCAGUGACCACUCGUGCCCUGUGGAUGGAGGAAUUGUCAUCCUAUGGGGGCAUAGCCAUGGUAGCCGUAAUACCCCAUAAUGAC